AUGGCCUCCAGAGUGUUGAGGAGGAGACACUUCAUCCAGGAAGUCACUGAGUAUCUGCAGGACUCAGCAAGCAGAAGAGACCUGCAGCUCCUGUUGGCCAAAGAUGAAGCCUGGAAGGUGUUGGUGGCAGAGGCUGAAUUGUCCAGGGAUGAGGAAGCCGCACUGUGUAAGGCUCUGAAGCUGCUCCUAGAGCUCCCAGCCCUGGAGGACAAAGAGCGGUUUCCACGAGAGCUGCAGGACAGGAAGAGGUUUCUGGAAGCUUUUCCCGAGUUGAAAGGGAAGCUGGAGGGGAACAUCAGGAAUCUCCGAGCUCUGGCUGACCAUCUUGACCAGGUGCACAGGGGCUGCACCAUCUCCAACGUGGUGACCAACUCCACCAGCGCUGCCUCUGGCCUGGGCAUCCUGGGUGUAGCUCUGGCUCCCGUGACAGCAGGGGGCAGUCUGCUGCUCUCAGCCACUGGGUUGGGGCUGGGGGUGGUGGCUACUGUGACAGGUGCUGCCACUGUAGUUGUGGAAGAAACAAGCAAGUGGUCAGAUGAGGCUGAAGCCAAGCGCCUGAUGUCAGACACCAUGGACAUUAUGAGGACGCUUCUUGUCCUGGGAAAGAUUGCAUUCAAACUUUCUAAAAGCUCCUAUGGUCUCUGCAAAAAAUUGAAAACCUUGGGACAAAACAUCCGCGCCAUUAGAGCAGCCAGAGCCAACCUUCACUUAGUGGCAGAUGCCAAGCUCCUCUUGACGACUGGAGGAAUCCCUACCCAACGAGUUAGUCAGCUGCAGAAUGCCUUUGAAGGCACUGCUCUGGCAAUGACUAAAAAAGCCAGAAUCAGAGGGGCCGCUGUUGCGGGAGCCUUCCUUGCACUGGAUGUAUAUUUCCUUGUAAGGGACUCAAUGUAUUUAUACGAUGGAGCAAAAUCAGAGUCGGCCAAAGAACUCCGGGCCCUGGCUCAGGAGCUGGAGGAGAAGUUGUCGGAGAUUGCCCAGAUCCACAAGACCCUCUAGGUGCUUGUGACAGCCUCCUCCAGCUACACUGAGGUCGGUGGAGAUGAUCCGGACAGAUUAGAGGCACCAAGAUGUCUUGUUAGAGGAGAAAUGAGGUAGUUAGUUUUAACUGUCAUCUUGACACCAUCUAGAAUCAUGUCAGAAGAAAGUUUCAGUGAGGGAUUGUCUAGCUUGAGCUGUCCCGUGGGCAUGCUUGGGAGAGAUUUUUCUGCAUGACUCUAAAUGAGGUGGGUAAAUUCCUCCACCAUAGGGGGCACUAUUCUCUGGGUAUGGGUUCUGAACUGUAUAAGGGAAAGCAGGCUGAGCACGAGUAAGCAUUCAUGCAUGAAUUCAUUUCUCAUUACUCUGGACCGUG